CUAGGGUUUUGAACACUCUGUUUCACAUCCUUCCACAGAGCCACCAGUCAGUAGAGAGAAAAUGCCGGCAGGUCACGGUCUCCGAUCAAGAACCAGGGAUCUCUUCGCCAGGCCCUUCAGGAAGAAGGGUUACAUCCCCUUAACUACCUACCUUAGGACCUUCAAAAUCGGCGACUAUGUGGACGUGAAGGUUAACGGCGCCAUCCACAAGGGCAUGCCCCAUAAAUUUUACCAUGGCCGCACUGGCCGUGUCUGGAACGUCACCAAGCGUGCCGUCGGCGUGGAGGUUAACAAGCAGGUUGGUAACAGGAUCAUUAAGAAGAGGAUCCAUGUUAGAGUCGAGCACCUCCAGCAAUCAAGGUGCACCGAAGAGUUGCGGCUGAGGAAGAUUAAGAACGAUGAGUUGAAGGCAGAGGCUAAGCUAAGAGGUGAGGUCAUCAGUACUAAGAGACGCCCUGAGGGUCCUAAACCAGGUUUCAUGGUUGGAGGUGCUACAAUUGAGACCGUCACCCCCAUUCCCUAUGAUGUUGUUAACGACCUCAAGGGAGGUUAUUAGGUCUACAAUUUCUAGGCUUUUUGUUUAUGCCUGUUUUCUUACUGUGCCGAAAACUUUUUAUUAAACUGGUUUAUUAGAUUAUUUAUAUCCGACUCUCUUUUUCAAGUACUUUCAGUUUUGAAGAGUCAUUUUGAGAUAUCUGUAUUUGCAGGAAUAUUUUGUUUACUUAAAUUCUCGUUUGACAAAAAAUGGAUGCUUUUUUUA